CGCCUCCCGCCCGCCAGGGUGCGCGGGCCAGGCUGGGACCGCCACACUGGGGCUUCCCGCUCCGCGGGUGGACGGGUGACGCUGACGGACGGCUCUGACCGCGCCUCCAAGCAGGCUUAGAGACAUCUGCUUUCCACUUCCAGAAAAGUUUGGAGAAAGUGAACUCAGGGUGGAUUCAGGAGUGGUGCCAGCUCCCCCAGCCUUCUUUCCUUUUCAGAAGCCUCACCUUGCACAGCCUCAUCCAUUCUUUCCUUCCUGACACCUUGCCUCCCUGACUCCUCCGUCCCUUCGCUGCCGGUUUCCCCCUCCCCUCUCUAGGAUCGGCGCCUUAUAGGUCCGUCCUUAUCUCUUUCUCCCUCAUCCUCUCUAUCCCUGUCCUCUUAACUAUUUUCACCCAAUUUCAGCCCUUCUCCCUGGCAUCCUCACCCUCCUCCUUUCUUCCAUCUUAAAUCUUCCCCUCCCCCCUCCAUCUCACUCCUUGACCCUCUCCACUUGCACCCAACUCUCCAUCCAUCCCUCUCCUCGUCCCUGUCCCUCCCCGAAGACUUCCGCCAUGGAUUCGGGACCUCCUUGGUUGGCCAACCCCACCCCUGGAGGCACUCUCUCUGUCCCCAAUGCCACCACACCCUGGCUGGGCCGGGAUGAGGAACUGGCCAAGGUGGAGAUUGGAGUGUUGGCCACUGUCCUGGUGCUGGCGACAGGGGGCAACCUGACUGUGCUGCUGACCUUGGGACAGCCAGGCCGCAAGCGCUCCCGCAUGCACCUGUUUGUGCUGCACCUGGCCCUGACGGACCUGGGCGUGGCGCUCUUCCAGGUGCUGCCCCAGCUGCUGUGGGACAUCACCUACCGCUUCCAGGGCCCUGACCCUCUCUGCCGGGCCGUUAAGUACCUACAGGUGCUCAGCAUGUUCGCCUCCACUUACAUGCUGCUGGCCAUGACACUGGACCGCUACCUGGCCGUUUGUCACCCUCUGCGCAGCCUCCAGCAGCCCAACCGGUCCACCUACCCACUCAUCGCAGCUCCCUGGCUGCUGGCCGCCCUCCUCAGCCUCCCUCAAGUCUUCAUUUUUUCUUUGCGAGAGGUGAUCCAGGGCUCCGGCGUGCUGGACUGCUGGGCAGACUUCCGCUUCCCUUGGGGGCCACGGGCCUACAUCACCUGGACCACCCUGGCCAUCUUCAUCCUGCCUGUGGCCACGCUCACGGCCUGCUACAGCCUCAUCUGCCACGAAAUCUGCAAGAACCUAAAAGUCAAGACUCAGGCCUGGAAGGUGGAAGGAGGGGGUCGGAGGACUUGGAACGAACCCUUACCUUUGGCCCAGGCUGCCGCCAUGCGGGGGCUGCCCUCCCGGGUCAGCAGCAUCAGUACCAUCUCACGGGCCAAGAUCCGAACUGUGAAGAUGACCUUUGUCAUUGUGCUGGCCUACAUCGCCUGCUGGGCACCUUUCUUCAGUGUCCAGAUGUGGUCUGUAUGGGAUGAGAAUGCCCCUGACGAAGAUUCAACGAAUGUGGCUUUCACCAUCUCCAUGCUUUUGGGCAACCUCAGCAGCUGCUGCAACCCCUGGAUCUACCUGGGCUUCAACAGCCACCUGUGGCCACGCCCCCUGCGCCAUCCUGUCUGCUGCCGAGGCCCCGGGCCCAGUGUGCGCAGGCAACUCUCCAGCAGCAGCCUGUCCAGCCGCCGCACCACCCUGCUGACCCGCUCCAGCGGCGCCCCCAACCCCAGCCUCAGCCCCAGACUCAGCGGGAGGCUGGAGCCCCAAGACUCACUGAAGGACUCGGAGCCGGUGGACAGGGAUGGCACCACCGAGACCGGCAUCUUUUAGGGGGCGACAGGGGCAAAGUGUUGCACAUUCUCAGUGGAACGACCUGCUGGGAGCGAGUGUGAGAAGAAGGAGUGAGGAAAGGAGGAGAUGAAAAUGGUCAUAAUAAAAUGACAAACGGAGGAAGCUUCAGAAGCUGCAAGGAGGGGUUGCUCUCCUCCCCCCCCCCCUCCAAAGGAUCCAUGCUGCUCCUGCCCCUGGGGCUGCAUGGAGGAGGCAUCCUUUGGAAAGUGUGACUUGGUCAUGGCUGUGAAUUUGUUUGAGGCUCUUCAGAGCUUCCACAUGAAUCACAAGCUUGCUGUGAUCAAAUCAGGAGCAUAGGAUUUGAGACUUGGCUCUACCUUUGGGGAUCUGUAAUGGCCCUGGGCAAGUCACCUCCCUCUCUGGGCCUCAGCUCCUGGCCUGGAGAACAGAAAUGAUCUCGGAGGAUUUUCCCAGCUCUAACCUUUCAUGACUCUGCAAGACUGGAGAAACGGUGUCUUAAGGACAUUCUAACCAAAAGACUGGAAGAUUUUUUUUUUUUUUUUUUUUUUUUGGUCUUUUUAGGGCCACACCCGCAGCAUAUGGAGGUUCCCAGGCUAGGGGUCGAAUCAGAGCUGUAGCCGCUGGCCUAAGCCACAGCCACAGCAAUGUGGGAUCUGUGCCUCUUCUGCAGCCUACACUGCAGCAAUGCUGGAUCCUUAACCCAUUGAGUGAGGCCAGGGAUCAAACCCAGGUCCUCAUGGAUGCUAAUAAGGUUCGUUAACCGCUGAACCAUGACGGAAAUGCCAAGGCUGGAAGAAUUGUUCAAUUUUCACGACAAUGACAUUUAUGCCCUUUGACUCAAUUCGGGUGACUACGGGUCCUGCUGUGGCCGGAACUUUUGCCCUCAAUUCUGUGAUGCUGACACCGGGAGAGACAGCCUAGCAGGUAGAAUCUGGGGCUUUCUCCUGCUUCUCAUCACCUCCAGUGGGGUUUAUACCAUGGAACAACCUCCCACCCUGACUCUGGUUCUACUCUAAGUGAUGGACUUGAUGGUGAAAAGAGCACCAGCUGAAGUCAGGAGAACUGGCUCCUGGCUCUGCCUGGUUCACGCCAUCACCCAUGACCAAGACCGUGAAGAUGCUGGCUGAUCCUGGCUCUCUUCAUUAUGAGUGUCAAAUAGGACUGUGGAUGGUGGUUUGUCAGCCCACGAACCCAUACUCAUUAGGGAUGACUAAGCUAAUUAGGAGCUCCUGAGAGCAGCUCUAGGGAACAGAUUCGCUCUCUGCCCUCCACUCCUAGGGAAGCUUCGAGGAGUGGCUGUGCCUUUGGGCAUAUACUUACGUAUGAGGCUACUUAGCUCUAAGUUUUCUUAUGCUUCCUUAAAAGAAAAGAACCUAAGCCGAGUGUUGCGAGUGAGCAAAGCAUCCCAACCCUUUGAUACGAGAGAACUGGCAAACAGGAUGCAUAUGGGACCAAGGCCCAAGGCGGAUGGGCACCCCCACCCCAUCUCUCUUCACAACACCCCAUUGCUCAGUUAAGCCCCUGACAUCCAACUACUUCUUCCCUGUCCAUCUGUCCCACUGGAGCUGGGCUCAGGAGCUUCCUAUGCCAGCUUGGGCUGUUGAAGUUGCUCCUUCCUCUGCUUGCAUAAGCCACCCUCCUUUCAAGACCGCAAUUUCCAACCCUAAUGCCCAUAGUAGGUACUGAGCAAACUUUGCUCAUCAUGAUGACUGAGAGGUAGAAGGGAUACUGGCCUUGUACCCCUAAACCUGGAUUUGAGUCCUGCCUCACCUCUUUCCACCUGUAUGAAACUUAGCAAGUUUGCCUGUAUGAACUUGGGCAAGUUAUCCAAUCUCUCUGAGCAACAGGUGCCCCAUUUGUGGAAUGGCAGUAACAGUGCUCGCCUUGCUGGGAAGGAUUUGUGAGGCUGUGGACUGACUUUGGAACAUCCUACUGAUGUUGGAGAAGAUAAUGGCCUGGCUCAGGAUUGCAUCCAGUGGGUACCUCCAGGGCCCUGGGCCCAGGAGACUCCAUAGUAGAAAGGAGAGAAGAGAGGAGGCCUGGAAUUGAGGUUGACCAGAGCCCCUGCCAUGCCCGUUCCAGGCCUUCUAUAGCAAAGAGUAGCAGGUAAUCCCCCUAUUAUAUUUCCAACUUUGCAUCGCACAAGGGGGAUUUACUUAUGGUUGGUGGCUUUGGGGCCCUCACUGUUCCUCCCAUGGAGAGGCUGCUCUUGUUCUUUUCCAGAAAGCUGGUGCUGUCCUAUGAUGAGGCCAGUGGGGAACAGCUGGAUACUGGGAUAGGGGGAGGCUCCUGGAAGAAAUGGCAUGAGCGUGUCUGGAUCUACAAAUGAUGGCUUUUGCAGUCCCUGUAGGAAGCUCUCACAGACACUCUGAGACAACACAAGGGCCUUGGAUAAGGUUCGGGGAGGUGGGCACUUGCUGGAAACAAGAAGGAACUUCUGUGUUCUCUGGGUCAAACUCGUUUCUUUUUUUUUUUUUUAAUGCAUUAAAAAUAUUAAAGUAUAGUUGAUUUACA